GGGCCCCGUCGUGGAUGGACCGACACGCGCACCGGUCCUGCUUUACUCGAACGCGCUUCAGAGCCCAUUGCAUCCACGCUCAACAAGACGCGCGCUCGUGUGCGUGUGUGUUCUCGAUAGCAUACGAGUGAGCGCACCGCAAUGGAGGGCGCGUUUGCGAGCGUUGAAGAGGGCGUACUAGCCGCUCUGCAUCAAGUCGAAGAGCUACGCUGCGCCAUCGCACGGCAGCAGGCGGAGCUGGAGCGCAGCCGAGGUGUGCUGAGAGAACGCCUUGACGCGUUGACAGCCUCAGGAGAUGCGGCUCAUGCUACUCCUUCUGAACUGCAGCCGACAACUUCUAUAGCUUCGGCAACUGUUUUUCAAGCUGCAGCGAGGAAGAACACAAACGCCGCAGAUGCAGACCACAUCGGCGGUGAGAGCAUGGGAGGUUGUGCAGAGUCGAACGUGGAUUCACCGCAAGAAGGAUUGAGGCCUUCGCAGGUGACUCCAGCGCAGCCGUCGUCUUUGGUGCUCUCAAUACCAAAUGCGCCAUCUCUGUCUCCAACAGACUUCCGUCCACAAGAGCAGGCCAUUCGAACCCGUUGCCUUCAACGUCAGCAGCAGCGCCUCCUGCACGCGGCGAAGCUUCAGUUCGCGCAGGAAUGGAAGCGACUGGCGCUGCCGUGGUUUGCGCGGGUUGUGCAGCAUGAGUUCUUUGUCCCUCUCAUGGAGAAACUCAAUCUGUUGGAACGGCGUCUGCACCGCCUUUGUGUUCGCAUGUCGCCUGACCUCCCUCAGUACACCCUGCGCCGUCAGGGUGCGAAGGAAACAGAGAUCGAUGAUGCGACGUUCACACCUUCGCGGUCUACCUUCUGCGUGCCGGUACUCUGGCGAUGGUACCUCGACACAGCAACACAGACAUCCCCGCAAGCACGUUCUUCCCUAUCUGCGGAAUCUCGAAGCUCGGAAGGCGAGGACGUGCCAACGCCAGUGGCUUGUUGCUCGUCUGCCAUGAGCGCCGAAGCAGCGGAGGGAGGGAGGACCAUUCCAUGUGCGAACGUGAUGAGGGAGCGGCCCCCCGCUGCAGAUGCGGUGAUAAAUGAGGAGGCCGUCAUCGUCCCCUCUGCCGCGCGGGAUGCGUCUGUGUGGCGUUCGAUGCUGCUGCGAACACGGCGCUCACUCCGCCACGUCUUGUACGUGGUGCGCUACGGGCUCCUGGGAGGCGAAGAGCGCACCGCUGCAACGGUAAGUCCGUGUCCUCCUCAGAAGAAAGACGGGUGCGAAUGCCUUUACAAGGAGAGUGUUCACGAGCCGUGCUUGUCUUGCCAAGUGCGUCGGCUUUUGCAGCGUCAUGCAAUGUGGACUUCCUACCCGCACACGGAGCCGACAGGUCCAGAGAAAGCUACCUGUUUUCCAUUUUCAGAGUACGCCGACUGCGGCUCACGAAACAGCGGAUGUGUGUCGUCGACUGCCCUGUCGUUGCUCGAAUUUCUCCAGCAUCUUUGUUCUUUGCAUGAAACCUUGCGUUUAGAGCCGGGCACUGACUACUUGCGACACCAGCCGGGUCCAGCGGCGACGCAAGGAACAGAUGUGAAAGCUGCAGACGUGCGUGGCGCAUGUGACUCACCGGCUUGCACAGCACCAAACGAUCUGGCAGCGAGUCUCAGCAAGGGUAGCCUCGUUUCGCUUGAGCAGCAUCUUCUCUUGCCUUUUCAUGUGUUAGAUCCAGUGCUGAACACCCUUCUCGACGGUCGCAACGCGGCUCCGUCGUGUGCGCUGCCAACAAGGAAGCUAAUCGGUGCGAUUUUGCCACUCGUGCAGUGGUGGCAAUCGCCCUCUUCGUGCGACUGCCGAUGUGUGUACGCGCGUGCGAUACGACUCGCGCGACUCUAUCACGCUUUUGCGCGCCGAGCGCACCUCGAUGCGACACCGAACACCGUCGCUGACUCGUUUUCUCCUCCUCGGCUCCCAUCCCUCACCGCUGAUGCGCAGCUGUGUGAGUUGAGGCGUGCUGAGGUGCACGUGCGCGAGCAGUGGCAGGAGUUGCACACGAAGCUGCUCAUCGCACGCUCCGCCAAUUCUUUGUAG